AUGGUUUCUUUUCAAAAUAACGAUAUUCACUAUUACCAAGACCAAGACGAGGUCGACCAAGAUGGAGUUUUGGUGGUGAACAAGCAAAACAGAGAACAGUCUCACUAUCCAGAUUUCUUGCCUACUUGGGACCCAAAACAAAAAUUUGCCCCCUUGAAGUUUUUCAAGCACCAGGAGCCAGGUGCUCGUGCUGAUCCAAGCUUCCCCAAUUUGUUCCCCAAGGAUGUGAAAUAUGACCUUAAGAGAGUUACACCCAAGUUGGGUACGGAGGUUACUGGGAUUCAAUUGUCGCAAUUAGACGACAAGGGAAAGGACGAAUUGGCGUUGUAUGUUGCUCAAAGAGGGGUGGUUAUCUUUAGAGAGCAGGAUUUUGCCAAACAUGGACCUCAAUUUGCUGUGGAAUAUGGUCGUCAUUUUGGCAGAUUGCACAUCCACCCAACCAGUGGAGCUCCCAAGGACCACCCAGAGAUCCAUGUUACCUACAGAAGAGCCGACAAAAACGAAUUCGACAGGCUUUUUGCUCAAAGAACAAACGCCGUAGGCUGGCACUCGGAUGUUUCCUAUGAGUUGCAACCACCAGGAACAACAUUUUUUUCUGUAUUGGAAGGUCCCGAUGCUGGUGGAGACACCAUCUUUGCCGAUGUAAGAGAGGCUUACAGAAGAUUGUCGCCUGAGUUUCAAAAAAGAUUGGAAGGCUUGCACGUACUUCACACUUCUGCAGACCAAGCAAGAGAUGCUGUUGGCUUGGGAGGUAUCGAGAGAAGAAAACCAGUUUCCAGUAUUCAUCCUUUGAUUAGAGUCCACCCUGGUACGGGAGAAAAGUUCAUUUACUUGAACAGACCGUUCUCGAGAAAAAUCGUGGAGUUGAAGGAACAGGAAUCUAAUUACCUUCUUAACUUUCUUUAUGAUCAUAUUGAAAAAGCUCACGAUUUGCAAUUGAGAGCAAAGUGGGAACCCAACUCGGUGGUCGUUUGGGAUAACAGGUUGGUGGUUCAUUCUGCAAUUGUUGACUGGGACACUCCAGUUUCAAGACAUGCAUUCAGAAUCACACCUCAGGCUGAACGUCCAGUGGCCGACUUACAGGAUUUGAACAAGGAAGAGUACGAUGUUGGCGACGUCGAAGAGGCGUUGAAAAAGAUAUUGCACUAA